ACAACUACUAGGCUGCUGCAGCAGGCUGAGCUUUCGACUGUGUCUGAACGUAGUGUGCUCGUGAGCAGCGCUCACCGUGUUUCAUACGGAAGGUGUCAAUUGGAAGGGGAAUUCUUCCAGAAUUAGAGUGCGUGGGCUACACUCGACUCACAAAGCUUUCAAGCUAAGAAUCGAUCAUGUACGAUCCCAAUAAGGCAUACCCUGCACAGCCUGGGUUCGCACCCCAGUCCGGAUACGUGCCCCAACCAGGCUAUCCCCCACAGGGCGGAUACGCGCCUCAACCCGGAUAUCCCCCUCAGGAAGGAUACGGAGGGCAGCCCGGAUUCGCGCCUCAGCCCGGUUAUGAGCAGCCCCCUGCUUAUGGUGCCGAUGGAGGCAUGGCUGGAUCCGGUUUCUCGUCAAAGGAAAUUCGACAGGUUUUCGUACGCAAAGUUUACACACUUCUUUCGAUUCAACUGUUGGUAACAACAGCGUUCAUAGUGUUCUUCAGCACCAACCAAGGAACGACCAGAUGGGUUCGCGAGAACCCGGGCGUCAUCCUCGCCGGAUACCUCGUUUUCAUCAUCACGUACUUCUCUCUUGUUUGCUGCGAAGGAGUCCGACGUAAUCAUCCGGGCAACUUGAUCCUUCUUUCCGUUUUCACGCUUGCGAUGUCUUUCAUGACCGGCGUGAUUACGACUGCGUACAAAAUCGACUCGGUGAUGCUGGCGCUCGGUAUAUGCGCCAUCUGCUGCAUCGGCGUCACCCUAUUCUCUUUCAACACGAAGUACGACUUCACGUCCUGUGCUGGCGUGCUCUUCGUCCUGCUCAUCGCUCUCAUCGUGUUCGGCUUCGUGUUGAUCUUCACGCACUCGCCGAUCGCGCAGAAGAUCUACGCCGGGCUUGGCGCCAUGCUCUUCAUGGCAUUCCUUGCUUUUGACACGCAAAUGAUCAUGGGCGGCAAGAAAGUCGAGCUUUCUCCUGAGGAGCAUGUAUUCGCCACGAUCAUGCUCUACAUGGACAUCGUUCAGAUUUUCCUUUUCCUCCUUCAGCUCUUCGGUGAGAGAAAAUGAGGAGACUCGUAGUCAGAAAGACAGAUCCGAAUGCACUCAUUCGGACACACGUCCAUCGGCCUUGCCAAGGUUGGCGUAGGACUAUGGGAGAAACCCUGUACCAUGUUAGCAUAAGAGGAUCUGUAGUCGAUUUCUGACUAGCCGAGAGUGGAACAGAAAAGAAAUACCGUCACUAAGGGUCGGAGCAGGAUUUGGAGAUAAUGUUUGAAACCACACCACGAGGAACAUACCCCGAACCGUGCGUCCUUGAUGUCCGCGUGCGGAUUCAGACGUUGCAACUUUUGAAUAACAAGUUUGUUCUGCUUCCCACAUUGCUGAGCAGUAUUGUUGUUGAUCCAGCUGCAUAUUGUCUGCGCUUGUCUUGCAACCACUCUAAUAUCCCAACAUCUCUUCGUCUCUACGUAGGGUGUUCCGUAGAAAGAGUCUGUCCUCAAAUCCUUUUUAAAAUAUACAGAUACGCAAGUCAAUCUCCUUGAAUACUGUAAAUUCAAUCCAAACCUUUACACUUCGGGAAAGCCCGCGCGAACUCUCUGGUAGUCUUGUACGAAUAAAGCUGAGCCACUCUCCAGGACAACUCCUGCGCAAGGUGUGCUUCCGAUCUGGUUCGCGACGGGCGGUCCUAGCGGGGCAAUUCAAUCAUGGGAGCGCAGUCCAAAGACCGUAAGAUUAGCCGGUAGGAUAUAUUUACCCGAGGUGACGAGGAACGAACAAGAAGUUCUGUUUUGUUAACCGAACAUUUAAACAUGUUUCAAACAACCGCAAUCUCUCCUUCGAACAGCUAAUCCAAAUUUUCUUAUCAUCGUCGAUAUAUGGAUAUAUUGACACAUGAAUAUAUAGCUGUGGAAACCGAUUCGGUUUGAUGUGUAUCAUAUCAAAAAAUAAAGAUUGCUUAUCGAGCAUCCGAUAAACUUA